AUGUGGAAGACAUCAUGCCUCGUCCCUAUUCCAAAGACGCCACGUCCCAGUGGCCCCCAGGAUUACAGGCCCGUGGCACUGACCUCCCACAUCAUGAAGACUUUGGAAAGGCUCAUCCUGGACCAGCUGCGACCCAUUGUCAGACCACAUCUGGAUCCCCUGCAAUUUGCCUAUCAGCCUCGUCUCGGAACAGAGGACGCCAUCAUCUACCUGCUCAAUCGUGUCUACACCCACCUGGACCAGCCAGCGAGCACUUACAUGCUUCCCUUAGGCAACAUCAUUAGAAGACAUAGCAUAAAUUUUCACUGCUAUGCAGAUGACACGCAGCUCUAUCUAUCCAUGAAGCCAGGUAACACACACCAAUUAGUUAAACUGCAGGAAUGUCUUAAAGACAUAAAGACCUGGAUGGCCGCUAACUUUCUGCUUCUUAAUUCAGAUAAAACUGAGGUUAUUGUACUCGGCCCUGAAAAUCUUAGAAAUAUGGUAUCUAACCAGAUUCCUACUCUGGAUGGCAUUACCUUGGCCUCCAGUAAUGCUGUGAGGAACCUUGGAGUCAUUUUUGACCAGGACAUGUCCUUCAACGCACAUAUUAAACAAAUAUGUAAGACUGCUUUCUUCCAUUUGCGCAACAUCUCUAAAGUUAGAAAUAUCCUGUCUCAGAGUGAUGCUGAAAAACUAGUUCAUGCAUUUAUUACUUCCAGGCUGGACUACUGUAAUUCAUUAUUAUCAGGAUGUCCUGAAAACUCGCUGAAAAGUCUUCAGCUAAUCCAAAAUGCUGCAGCAAGAGUACUGACAGGGACUAGAAAGAGAGAGCAUAUUUCUCCUGUUUUGGCUUCCCUUCAUUGGCUUCCUGUUAAAUCCAGAAUUGAAUUCAAAAUCCUGCUCCUCACAUACAAGGUCUUAAAUAAUCAGGCCCCAUCUUAUCUUAAUGACCUUGUAGUACCAUAUCACCCUAUUAGAGCACUUUGCUCUCGCUCUGCAGGCUUACUUGUUGUUCCUAGAGUAUUUAAAAGUAGAAUGGGAGGGAGAGCCUUCAGUUUUCAGGCCCCUCUUCUGUGGAACCAGCUUCCAGUUUGGAUUCGGGAGACAGACACUAUCUCUACUUUUAAGAUUAGGCUUAAAACUUUCCUUUUUGCUAAAGCAUAUAGUUAG